AUGGGCAACGCGGGAGCUAAAGCGAAUUUCAAGCAAGCUGUUUUGGAUUUAACAUCAAAGCCGGGAAAACAGGACGAUGACGCUUUUUGGGAUCAACUUUGUGCUGACAAUGCUGCCUCGGUUUCUGACGUGUUUAACCUCAUCCCAGCUGAGGAUAUACGACAAUUACGUGAACAUAAUCCAAAAAAUCUGGCAACUCUCUGCUACAAAGCUGUCGAGAAACUGCAAAAUGGACGCGACAAUCCUCACUCAAUCAAUCCAAAGAAAAUUAUCAAUUGUGUUCGACUUUUGACAAGGUUGUUGCCUUGUAUGUUAGAAGAUGCAGAUUGGAGAAACUACUUCUGGUCACCGAUUCCAUCAGGAGAUUCACAGAUUCCUCUUGCAAGUCUCCUUCUUGGCGUUAUCGAGGAUUUACUCUUUUGUCCAGACUUCACCGUCUCUCAUCUCCCUGGUCAACCGGAUAAAGUUGAUGAUUUGCAUCGACUUGAGUCAUGCGAAUAUAUUUGGGAAGCCGGAGUGGGAUUUGGGACAAAACCACCAACAAAUGCUGUCCAAGAUCAACAUCGGGGCGAGCUUUUGAAGUUGUUGCUUGUGUGCUUCUCUGAAGUUAUCUAUACACCGACGACUGAAGAAGACAGAAUGCGUUGGAUUAGUCGUUUCACAUCGGGAGAGAAUCGUCAUGUCCUCCCGUUAUUCACUUCAUUGUUGAAUGUGGUGUGUGCUUAUGAUCCGGUUGGAAUGGGGCUACCAUAUAAUUAUUUGUUGUUCAACGAUACACGAGAACCAUUGGCAGAGAUCGCACUUCAAGUGUUGAUUGUUUGUCUUGACAAAGAUAGUCAACCAACAAAUGAUGAGACAGGCUAUGCUGACAACUAUUUCAUCAACUAUCUUUCAAGAAUACAUCGAGAAGAGGAUUUCGAUUUCAUGUUGAAGGGAAUGAUCCGUCUCCUCGCAAAUCCUCUUCAAACUGGCUAUCUGCCAAAUUCAACAAAGAAAGUCAGCUUCCAUCAGGAACUCUUGGUUCUACUAUGGAAAUGUUGUGAAUACAAUCAGAAAUUCAUGUUCUACGUAUUGAAAACAAGUGAUGUACUGGAGAUUUUGGUGCCGAUUCUUUAUCAUGUCUGUGAAGCAAGAAAUGAUCCCUCAAGAGUUGGCCUCAUCCACAUGGGUGUUUUCUUGAUUCUUCUUUUAUCGGGCGAGAGGAACUUUGGUGUUCGACUUAAUAAACCUUAUGUUUCAAAGGCACCAAUUGAGAUUCAAACAUUCACAGGAACACAUGCAGAUCUCUUGAUUCUGGUUUUUCACAAAUUGAUUACCACUGGGAAUCACAAAUUACAGUCACUCUUUGACUGUUUGUUGACGAUUAUUGUUAAUGUUUCUCCUUACUUGAAAUCACUUUGCAUGUUGUCGGCGAAUAAAUUGGUGCAUCUCGUUGAAGCAUUCAGCACUCCAUGGUUCCUCUACUCAUCUCCCACAAAUCAUCAUCUCGUGUUCUUCCUGCUGGAAAUCUUCAACAACAUCAUUCAGUAUCAAUUUGACGGCAAUGCCAACUUGAUCUACACGAUCAUUCGAAAGCGUCAAGUCUUCUAUCAACUAGCGAAUCUUCCAACGGAUGCAACAAACAUUCAGAAAUCGCUUGCAGGAAGGAAAUCAAAGAAGCAAAGUGAAAUCGUGGAUGAUCUUAAGAGUCCAACAGCGCCAAAUGCGCCAAGCAGUACAGCUGGCCCAUUGUUAGCUGAGGUUCCUGGUGUAGCAGCUAUGACUGGGACUGGACCUUCUACUUCAAAGGAAACAAACGAGGAAUGGGUUCCAUCAACGGAAUGGGCUGAGAAUUGGAAAGCUCGUUUACCGCUUCAAACGAUUAUGAGACUUCUACAAGUUCUUGUUCCACAAGUCGAGAAGAUUUGCAUUGACAAAGGAUUAACGGAUGAGUCUGAGAUCUUGAAGUUCUUGCAACACGGUACUUUGGUCGGUCUUCUACCUGUGCCACAUCCGAUUUUGAUUCGGAAAUAUCAAGCAAAUGCUGGGACGAAUCAUUGGUUCAGAACAUAUAUGUGGGGAGUAAUCUAUUUAAGAAACACCGAUCCUCCAAUCUGGUACGACACCGACGUUAAGCUGUUCGAGAUUCAAAAAGCC